GGGAAAGCGUAACGCUAAUAAAGGUCGAGCAGGUUUUAGUAAACAGAUGCUGUUAUUCAAAUGUAAGGUUUUCUGUUUGUUGACGUUUUCACUGAACGUGCUGUCUUUCUCAUAAGUUUCAACAGUGUAACGUUACAGCUGUGACGAGUGCUGUAUGGAGUUCCCAAAUCUCCCCCCUCACUCCGGCUCUGUGUUAUCAGUGCUGGACAUGCACACAGGCGGAGAGCCGCUGCGUAUUAUCCUGAGUGGGUAUCCAGAGGUGAAGGGCGACACCAUCCUUGCCAAACGACGCUAUGUGAGAGAGCAUCUCGAUCAUCUUCGCAAGGUGUUAAUGUUCGAGCCCCGUGGUCACUAUGAUAUGUACGGAGCCCUGCUGGUCAGAAGUGAGUUAGCAGAGGCGGAUCUCGGCGUCUUGUUCAUGCACAACGAAGGGUACAGCACCAUGUGUGGUCACGCUGUCAUUGCUCUCGGGCGCUUUGCUGUGGAUUAUGGCUUGAUCAAAGCCCCCACUUCACCAGAGACACAGAUAAACAUACACUGCCCCUGUGGCUUAGUGAAGGCCUUUACACAGUAUUCCAAUGGAAAAACUGGAGCUGUCAGAUUCCACAGUGUGCCAGCCUUUGCUUUCGCUACAGAUGUGUGUGUCUCGGUACCAGGAUAUGGGUCCAUCACUGUGGAUAUCAGUUAUGGUGGAGCUCUUUAUGCUUUUGUGAGUUCUGAGAAAUUUGGACUGGAUGUGAACAAGUCCAAGACCAGAGAUCUGGUGGAUGCAGCCACUGCUGUGAGUGAUGCUGUUAAAUCCCAGGUAAAGCUGCACCAUCCAGUCAGUGAGGAUCUGGCCUUCCUCUAUGGCACAAUCCUUACUGACGGCAAAGAUGCUUUUUCUGAAGAGCCCACGGCCAAUGUGUGUGUGUUUGCUGAUGCACAGGUGGACAGAAGCCCUACAGGGUCAGGCGUUACUGCUCGUAUAGCUCUUCAGUACCAUAAAGGCCUGAUUGGACUGAACCAGACCAGAAGCUUCAAGAGUGGAGCUACAGGAUCAGUGUUUACAGGAAAAGCAAUAGAAGAGACCACGUGUGGGGAAUUCAGGGCUGUGGUAGUGGAGGUCACAGGUCAUGCUCACUACAGCGGUGUGGGCAGCUUCACCCAAGAGAGCGAUGACCCUCUGAAAGGAGGUUUUCUUUUGCGCUGACUUAAAGAUUACGACUGAUAUUUCUGCUUCUGAUCUGAUCGCAGAGUAUCGCAGGUUUUCUGAGCUCAGAGACAUGUGAAUCUUCUGAUGUAGGUUCUUUAUAAAGGAAAUCAUGAAUUAGACAUUGAAUAAAGAUAUAUAGUUUUUUUUUUAACUUGUUUUUUUUUUACCAUACAGCAACAAUUACUUAGAUAUUUCACAAAAAUAUAGUUUUCAUUUUUAUAAUGUUUAGUUCUAUUAAGGGGACAAGUUUAACAUUGUAAUUGCUAAUAUUGCCCACCAGAGGACACCAUCUGAAGUGUAGUGACAUUGUUUUUAAUCAUUUUCAUAUAUCAUUUGGAAUUUUUUUGCCUGAUGAAGACUGCAUGACUGAAACAUUAUAAUAAAAUGUGAUUCAUAAGCUA